GCCAAUCGCAAGGCCUCCUGUCCUGUAGGCUGACUCUUCUGAGAAAGGCCAAAUGGCCCCAAGUGCCGUCAGAGUCCCUAACAUUUCGACGGUGGGAGGAGGGUUGUUCCCCCCUCCCCCAACAUACCCCGCUCUACGGAGGGCAUAGCGUGAAAUGUUGUGAAACAAGGCAGUGUUCUUAGUACAAGUUCUUGGGCUAGGCGGAAAAGGAGACCCUUGCGUCGGACGGCGAAACCAGGCAGGAGGCAAGCAGAAGGAUGCUGAAGGCUAUAAAACAAGUCUUCUUUUCUACUGGGCUGGAGAUGCCCAAAUGGACAGCGUUGCCAAAUCAGGCUUCGGAUUAUGAAAUUCGACAGUAUGAAGCAGCCAAAUGGGUUUGCACAUCUGUUAAAACAAUGGAUUGGAAUGCAGCUAUCAAUACUGGUUUCACAAAGCUCUUUAACUAUAUUAAGGGCAGGAAUGAAAAAGGGAUGAAGAUAGAUAUGACUGCUCCAGUCACAUGCUAUGUUGAGCCCGGUGCUGGUCCAUUCUGUGAAUCCAUCACAACUGUUUCUUUUUACUUGCCAUCAAAACACCAGGCAAAUCCACCUAAGCCUUCAGAGGCUGAUGUCUUCAUUGAAAACAGGCCAUCAAUUACUGUGUUUGUCAGAUCCUUUGGAGGAUUUACCAAUGCCAAAAAGAACCAAGACGAAAUACUGGCACUUGUUGAAAGUUUGAAGCGGGAUGGCAAAACUUUUCAAGAAAGGGUUUACUAUACUGCUGGCUAUGACAGUCCAUUUAAAUUGAUGAAUCGACAUAAUGAAGUCUGGCUUAUCAGGAGAUAAAACCCCAGUACUUGAGUCAUAAUGUUUUAGCAUUUAGUUUUUAACAAAGUGUAACUUUUGAAAUAACAGAUAAAGGCCCCAUUUUUGUUAAUAUUUUUUUUCCUAAUCAAUUUUUCUGCUUCUCCAACUAUAUAUAUUCUGUGUCCUGAAAUCUCUGAGAGGUGAUACGUAGAUAAUGAGAUUGUACAACUUUCCAUCGGAGAUGGAAAGAUUGUACAACUUUCCAUCAAAGUGGCAUUUGGAAUGGAUGUGCGUUAUGCUCUAUGUGACUGAAUUUUCUCUUUUUAGAGGAAAACUUGUGUUCAUACAGUCUUUCAGUUUGAUUGAAAUAAGUGCAUGGACAAUGAAGGUCAUGAAUUGCCACCUGUGUUUCCCAAACACCUUAAAGACAGGAGUAUCUAAACCCCUAAUGUCAGAUACAAGGUACAGUGUUCCCAAAUAUGGCUGACGGCACCCCACAUUACACAAAACUACUGCGUAGUCUUCAAGGAUAUGAAGCAUCUGCCCAUUAUGGGCAGUCAGGGCGUAGCCAUUUAUAGCUGUUAAUAAGCAUCACCGUGCUGUGUAUGUAUCUUUUAAGCCUAUACAUUGUAAUUACAGGUAACUGUAAAGGUGCAGCAUCUAAUUAAGGAAAAAUUAGGGUUGAAUUGAUUUGUGGACAGGACCUGGGCAUGGAAUUGGGCUCUCUAACCCAUUGCAAUCAGCACUUUUGUCCUAAGGAGUGCUUUUUGCAUUCUGUAUGGUGUUCUUUAAUGAAUACCUUAAAAGCAUGACUGAUGAAUAAGUCAUAACAAUGGGGCUUAGGGCAAUUCAACCAGUCAAAGAACUGUGUGAACAAGCCUGGCAUUGUGACAGACAAAAAAAGUUCAACAGGCUUUUUAAAAAAAAAAAUGAAAAAAGGACCAUUUGAUGCCUUGAUCAUUGAUGCUUCACCUACAUUACAUGCAAAGCUCCACAGCACCACAGUUUUAAAAGACUUUUACCAUCCAGCUAUUAUAUUCCUUUGGAAAGACGCCUGGGUUUUUCCCCCCUUUGAAACACUAAAAGAUCAAGCACAGUGGUAAUGCUGCGUAUAUAAUGUGACAUGGUGAUCAGCCCUUGCACUUCAGCUGGAAAAUAUGACAUUUGUCACUUGGUUGAUUAAAAGAUGGGUUACAGAAGAAUUUGUGGUUUACGCUGAAAACUAUUGGUGCUGAUGCUGCUAAUUGCAUUGUUAUGUCUAGAAAAUCUCCUUUUUGUCACCUCUCCUUGUGCUUCUACGGCAGAGAACAAAAAAAGGAAUGUAUGUGGUAGCCAAACUAUGUCAGGGCUGUAUAUUACAAGAUUAAGCUCCAAAAGUGUGGCAAGCCAGACAGGCCUCAUCUUAACCUGCUGGCAUACACAAAGUCUUGCCCACAGUAAAUAAGUGUCUUUUGUACUAAAUGCCACACUUGAAUUUGAAAGUAGACAUAUAACCACUCACUGGCAGGCUGCCUGUAUUUAUAAAGAUAAAUAGUGUUUAUGGGCUAACAACAGGGGAUACUAAAUGCUUUUAUUCCUUUUGUGUACACACCUUGUUGCAAAAAAGUAUUGACCAUCAUGACUCUAACUUACAAAACUAAUGGCUUUCAAAAUUUAUUUGCAUUAGCAUUUGAAACAUUUACUGCUAACUUUCAGAUCGAUAGAA